CACUGGGCAGUGGUGGCCUCGUUACCAGUCCAGGAGCACGGGGCUGGGUGUCUGACUGGGAGCCAUUGAGAGGGUCAAGGCACCAUGGAGAGUGGACAGAGAGUGUCUCGGAAAGGCCGGAAGCUGGGAUCCAGCCGCCGUCGGCAGAUGAGAGAGCCAGCCGAUGGCCAGGACGCCCCUGUGGUCGCGGAGCCAGGCUUCUGGUCCUCCCAGGCAGCUGCGGAGCUGCAGGGCUUCUUUCAGGACUGCGGUGCCAAGGAGAGAGGCUUUGUCACCCGUGAGGACCUGGCGGAGGCCAAGUUCAGCUUCCUGGGUGGUAAGGAGGACCCACAGAUGAUCUUCGACUGGUUGGAUGUGGAGCGGAAGGGACUCCUCUCCCUUGAAGAAUUUAGCUCUGGACUCCAAGACAUCUUUGGCUCCAGUCUGAGCUCUCAGAGGCUCCACAGGAAGAAGCCACUGCCCUCUAAGCGGGUGUCUGUGACCACCAGCUUCCCCGCGCUGGAGGAGGCCGAAGCUGAGGAGAAGGAGGAAUUCUUCGCCUUCCUGGAGCAGCUGGGGACCAGCCACUUACUUCCUGAGCAGGCAGAGAUCUGGCAGCUGUGGGGAAAGCUGCGGCAGGAGGAGCCUGCACUGGCUGGCAACCUGGAGGGCUUUCUGGCCAAGAUGAACAGCCGCCUGCGGGAGGUGCGGGCUGACAAGGAGGCUCUGGAACUGACGUUAAAGAAGCGUGACUCCGCCCACCAUCAUGAGGUCCAACAGCUCUACGAGGAGAUGGAGCAGCAGAUCCGCCGGGAGAAGCAGCAGCUGCAGGCCGAGAGUGAGUCCCGGGACCUGGCCCUCAGCUCCCGGAUGCAGGAGGUUCUGGAGGCCAAGGAGCGCGAGGUGCAGCAGCUGGCUGAGGGCCAGAGGGAGCUGGAGGCCCAGCUCCACCGCCUCAGUAGCACGCGCCAGGAGGCCAGCUCUGAGAACCAGCAGCUGCGGGAGGCUGAGCGCGACCUGGCCGGGAGGCUGGAGGAGGUGCGGGGGCAGCUGCAAGUGACCAAGGGGCACCUCAGUGCCUCUAGGGCCCGAGUGUCCUGGCAGAUGGAGGAGGAACCCAGGCAAGUGGCUACCAUCCCUGGACUGGGUGGGGACCAGGAGCGUCCUGGAAGGGCAGGGCUCCAGACCUCAGACCUGGAUGAGAAGAGGCCUGGGCCUGUCCCGGCCAAGCCGCCCAGGCUGAGGGAGGUCUUCCAUCAGGACCCACGUAUUACGGGUCCAGGGUCCCAGGAGGACACAGCCCUGACACCAGGGCCAGCUGAGCCCUCCCAGGGCCUAGAGCCUGUGGCACUGGCUCCCAUGGAGGGGCUGGAGCAGGACGAACCAGGCUCGGCUGUGCAGGAGGGCCACCCCGGGGGAGCAGGAGACGCCCAUGGCCUGGUCCUCAGGCCAGGUGGGCUGCCUGCCGUCCCCCACCAGAGUCUGGAAGAGGAAGGGAAGCAACUGCUCCCAGGUGGGCAGAACUUCAGUCCAGACCAGUCAGCGGAGGCUCACGUGGAAGCGGGGCGUUCAGCACUCCCCCGGCACCAUGCUCCGUCCAUCCCUCUCUCAGCCAACACGCCGCCAGCUCAGGAGGAAGCCCCAGCCCCUGGAAAACUGUCACCACCAAGGGCCUCUCCUCCCAUAGGGGCUCAGCUGGGGGCUGGGGCAGGGCCCCAGGAGCCCACCAAAACCCUUCCCAUCAAGGCUGAGCUGGAAGCCAGGCCCCCACCCAAGACCAUGCGUGCAGAAGAACAAGCCCCUCCUCAACUCAGGGAGCCAGGUGCAGAGCACAGGCCCGUGGGCCCAGGAACGGACUCUGGAGAAGACCCCACGGUGGGCAAGCCUCAGGCCGACCCUGACUACCUCUUCCAUAUCAUCUUCCUGGGAGACUCCAACGUGGGCAAGACCUCCUUCCUGCACCUGCUGCACCAGAACUCUUUCGCCGCUGGGCUGACAGCCACUGUGGGCGUGGAUUUUCGGAUCAAAAACCUGCUGGUGGACAACAAGUGUUUUGCGCUGCAGCUCUGGGACACAGCCGGCCAGGAGAGGUGGAACACGCUGUGUGUGCAGGACACAGGGUCUGACGGAGUGGUCCUGCUCCUCCUGGGAAACAAGAUAGACUGUGAAGAGGAGCGGCAAGUGCCCACCGAGGCGGGGCGGCAGCUGGCCCAGGAGUUGGGGGUCUCCUUUGGAGAGUGCAGUGCUGUCCUGGGUCAUAACAUCCUGGAGCCUAUGGUGAACAUGGCCAGGUCACUCAAGAUGCAAGAGGACCGCCUGAAGGGAUCGCCAGUGAACGUGGCCCCGGGGAGGCCACCCAAGAAAGCCAGCUGCUGCUUCUGAUGGCUGUCCUAGCUCGGGGGGCUGGCCACACCCCGGGGUUCCUGUCCUGCUUGCUGGACACAGCAUCGACAGAUGACAGGCAGCACCAGUUUGCAAGUCCAGGAAAAUCCUCCUCAAAUCAGGACCCGGAUCCCAGGGUCACCUGUAUGACUCUUGGCCUUUGCACUCCAGAGAAGGACCCUGCUAGGCACAUAAGGCUUUGGGUGGGGUGGGAGGGGUGGUCAUACUUUAAGGAAAGGAAACGUCUAGAAAACCAACGUGAGGAAAACACACUGAAAUAUUGGCUAUGCAUCUCUGGGAGGUGAAAUUAUAGGGUGGAUGUAUGGGGCUGUUAUUUUCCUUUUUAUACAUAUUUGCGUGUUCAGAUGUUCUGCAAUAACUGGGUAUUCUUUAUAUCAUCAGAAAAAAAAAGAUGUUGAAGAGGAAAGAAAUGUCUCGGGAAGCCUGCUGUGGGACUGAUUACUAACCCGUGCGACCUGCUAACUGCGAGUGCGGUUGCUUUUCUUGGUUCUUUUUCUUUCU